GAUCGAUCCUAAUUAUGUAUAAACUUUGUUUCUGAAGAGUGUUUAAUGUAAUAGGCAUAAGCCUGGUAAUUAAGUCAUAUUAGUGUCACCAGUUCUUGUCAUGAAUGCACGACAAUGACAAAUAACAUUUAAUUGCUUUUAAACGAUCUUACAUUCUUCAUAUCAAAGCUUACAUCAGUUAAUUGCAAAUCGGUUAAAUUAUACAUAUGUGAUAUAUAGUUGACAAUAAUUCAAGUAACCACUCGGGGCAACUGCAUACAGAAUAAGGUAUCAUGCAAAUGCUAAGGGCUCUUAGGGCUCUGAUUUGUAUAAGUAUUUUUGGAACUACAACCUUUGCGAUAUGUCCAACUGGUGAAGGUGUGAAAUUAUGUGCCGACAUCCUCUUUGCCUUUGAUACAUCAUGCAGUGUCUCAGAUGAAACAAAGGAUGGUGUUAAGAGUUUCCUUGAUGAUUUCGUUGGCUUGUUCGACUCGGUUGGUAAACCAAACCUUCCAGUGGUAAACACAGAUGAUCCAACCUUUACUCAGUUUGGAAUGUUGGCUUAUGACUUAGGGGCACGUAAAAUAUUUGGUUUUGGUGAUCAACCAACAAAGGAUGCUGUCCAGGGAGCAAUUGAUGAGUUCGACCACGCACAUGUAGAUUGCAAAACUACCACACAAGAUGCCCUUAUUAUGGCCAGGGAGGAAUUCUUUACGUCAGGUGCCCAAGAUGAUCGUACACCUAAUAUCCUCGUGCUUCUAACGGACGGAAGAACACAGCCGCAGAAAUUUAUUGAUGAUACGGAACUCGAAUUGGAAAAAUUCAAUAUGAUGAAUAAUACGUAUUUGUUUGUGACUGUUUUGCCUAAUAAGAACAAUAAAACGGAAUUUGCCGAUACAUUGGAGCAACUUGAGAUGCUGGCGCCCUCAAAUAAUCGAUUUAGCUAUCUCGAGGCUGAAAGUACUAAGGCAUUAGCUGUCGAGGUUCGCGCAAGAAUUUCUGGAUUUGACCCUUGUCCUCUAUGUCUAGGUGAUGUAAUUAUUCCACCCCCUUGCCCACGAGAAGAACCACUUGACAUUCUUCUUAUUUUGGACCACUCCAACAGUAUCGGACCUGAGGAUCUUAGAGAACUCCGAAGGGCGAUGGUUGAGCUUGUAAAUGCGUUUAAAGGUGUGGGUGUGGGUGAUCUCGUAAAAUUCUCCAUUAUGACGUAUAAUUUCAAGGCAGAAAUACUGUCGUAUUUAAACAGUACGGAAUCUAGUUCAUUGAAUGGAACACUUGGAAUUCUGGAAGAGAUGAGUUUAGAACAAGCUAAGGAUACCCGCACCGAUCUGACAUUAGAACUGGCAAACGCUCAAAUAUUCACCGAGGCCUUUGGAGAUCGACCCAAUGCUGCUAAUAUUUUGGUACUUGCAACCGAUGGCCGAACGAUGAAGAAAAAAUUCCAAAACAAUACUCUAAAGGCAGCAGCUGCACUUAAAGCUCGCAAAGCUCAUGACAGUGUGGACAUAUUUCUUUUAGGUCUUCCAGCGCAUAGACAGAAGAACCUCGACGUACAGAAUACCGAAUGGAACGAGAUUCCGUCCAAACCAAAGGCUACCCAUUUUAAAGAAUUUGGAAAUUUCACUGAAAUCAUACCGUACAUCUCUCAAUUGCAAUUGAGCGUCUGCGCUGACCAGACAGAAUUUGAGCGGGCAUAUCGUGCGUAUGCUGAUUCCAGAUGAUUUAAAGGCUGGAAAAAUUACAAGAAAAAGUAAAAAAUAAAACACAAAAUGUAUUUUUGUUGUCAACUACAAGUUUCAUUCAUUGUGAGUACGCCUCACCAUUAUGAAUUUAUGAAAGUAUAUUUUUGAAAGCCUGGCAUAUGCCCUGUAUGACAUUAGAGCAUAUAACUGAUGUGAUAUAGAUCGAUAAAAACAACUUUAAAUUGCCAUCAUAUUAAUCAUAGUUUUAUAAAAGAAGCAUUAUUGUUGAGAGGGACUUACUUUGAAAUGCAAUAAAUAACACAUGCCCAAAACAAAAGUUAUUCUUUCCAAACAACAUUUUUGAAAAACAUUCCUUUACCUGCACAUGUUAUUUUUGUUGCUGCACUAUAUUGUGUUACGGAUUCUUCAUAUUCGGACCCGGAGUCAUACCAUGGACUACUAUAUUAGGCAAUACUUUCAAUUGCACUGUAAGCCUGAUGAAUACAACAUGGAUAGAGGCACAACAUGUGUAAUGCUAUCAUUAGUACUUUUUAGAUUAUGUAAGAAAUUGAUCAAUAUUUUAAUAAUGGCCACACCCUAAUUUGCAUAUAAAAUUUUCCCUGAAAUUAGUUACUUUUUGGCCACCCAAUUAAAUCAACGAGGAAAUCCUUAAUUACUUAAUUAGUCAAAAUGGGCGCCUUUUCAAUUUUCCAAAUUUCUUUUCCAAGUUUCUCAAUAACACUGGAUUUCCAUUGGCCACUUACUAGGCUAACUUAGAGAAGUUAUUGUAAGAGUGUUUUCCUGAAAAAAGCAAGGAAAUACACACAUGCCUUCAUACUUUAUUUGGUACCAGAAAAUAACAUGGGGAGGUAUAGCAAUUUUCUACCAAAAUGUUAUUUUACAGCUGAACCUUAAAUUCCCAAUUCACUUAUAACAAUAUUUACUGAAUAUGAGGGAUGAUUCAAAAGUAAUGGACAACUUUAUAGACAUAAUAGAAAUCAUUCAUCUUAGUUGCCAUCUUUAUUCUGGCACACUAUGUAUAGUUGUGAAAAUAGGGCUGUGUCUUUUAAUAUGUUUUAUUUUCAUUUUAAUAGUAAUAGACAGUAGACUUGAAUUAACUUCUGUAAAUUGAUAAAUUCUAUAACAAACUAUUUUAGCGAUAUUUUAAAAGAAUGUGUCAUUAAUUCUCAUUUUUUCAUGAAAUGUAUUUGAUUU